AUGGCAUUGCCCUUUUUUGCGAGGGGUUCAGCGGCCAAAGCCUCCCCUCCUCCCCCAUUCUCCCCGCCGACUACAGCAAACAACAGAGCCAACAAUAACCGACCAAAUGUCAACAAGGGGAGUUUGUUCCAAACAACACCCCCAGCUCCGCCGUCUUUAACUUCGGCGCGCAUCGGCAAGUCUCGUAACACCGACCCCGCUUUUGAACCAAAGCCGUACGCCAGCUCUCUCGAGACCAUUUAUACUCCGCACCCAAACGUCACGAUCGAACCAGUCAAAACGGCGCACAUACCGUCAUUAAUGCGGAUCACAGGUCUUUUGCUCCCAGUGCGCUAUCCAAACUCGUUUUACACCGCUACAAUCACGGACUCUAUUGUCGCCUCGAUUUCACGCGUUGCCAUUUACCACGAUCAUCCUGUCACCGAUAUAACGGCAACUACCUUCCCCACAACGGCCAAAGCACCGUCAUUGUCGAGUUCAGAUAAGGUUAUUGGCGGGAUACGAUGUCGAUUAGAACCUCUUCCUCCACCCUCUGAGCUUUCUGUUUCGUGUCCGUUGCGGCAGGCAACGAAUUUAUAUAUACAAACACUACACCUCCUAUCAUCUUAUCGUGGGAGAGGCAUAGCAGCUUCUCUACUAGACUCUUUGAUAUAUGAUUCGGCUUCACCCCCAGGGACUCCAAUGCGAGCAGUAUCGGGGAUUGUUAGGCAUUAUAAUAUCCAGACAGUAACCGCGCAUGUCCACGAGACUAACGAGGAAGCGUUGCUCUGGUACUUGGCACGCGGAUUUACAAUCCAAGGAGGUGUGGUUGAAGGUUAUUACAGACGGUUGAAGCCUGGUGGUGCGAAGAUAGUCAGUCUCAAGCUGGCAUGGGAAGAAGAUGACGAAGAUACUAAGCCUGGGUCCCUCAACGACGCUGGGUGCAAGGAUGACGAAGGCGAUGAAGAUUGGGAGAAGGUUGAGCUGGAUGAAUGCGACCCUACCGCGACAGAAAAACUGGAAGAAUAUGACACUGUCAACGGGGAAGAAUAUGUCCGGAAACGGAUGAAAAGCGCAUGA